AUGGACCUCCGCAAGCUGGUCGGGCGAUGUGCUGUGAUACUGCUCCUGGCUGUGCUGUGCGAUGUAAUCGGGCUGAUUGUCCUCUUCCUGGGAAUUUUUGCUCCUCUAAGCUUCUGGGACUUCUUCGUUUACUUGGGAGCUCUGCUGCUCGCCUCCAGCCUCAUCUUCUGGAUCUUCUGGUACACAUUCAACAUCGAGGUCCCCUUUAAGGAGCUAGGUUUUAACUAA